AUGUCAAAUAUAUCAGGAGAAGAAGGCAGUUUCUCUUCAGGGAACAGUGGAGAUCAGCAAGUUCAGAAACAUAAUCAAGCAGCCCAUUUGAAGACUUCAAAUAAUAUUUCCUCUAUUACUACUACUAGUAAUGGGUCCAGUUCACAAUCCCAGCAACAGCAGAAUAAGCAGCAGCCUCUUGCUAAGAAGAAGAGAAACCUUCCUGGAACUCCGGAUCCAAAUGCAGAAGUCAUCGCCCUAUCACCAACAACUCUCAUGGCGACGAACAGAUUCGUGUGUGAGAUUUGCAACAAGGGAUUUCAGAGGGACCAAAACUUGCAGUUGCAUAGGAGGGGACAUAAUCUCCCUUGGAAGCUUAGGCAAAGAAGUACAACUGAAGUGAGGAAGCGCGUUUACAUAUGUCCAGAGCCAACUUGCGUGCACCACAAUCCGGCUCGUGCUUUGGGUGAUCUUACUGGAAUUAAAAAACAUUAUAGCCGUAAACAUGGAGAAAAGAAAUGGAAAUGUGAUAAAUGUUCCAAAAAAUAUGCCGUGCAAUCUGACUGGAAGGCUCAUCAGAAGACUUGUGGGACAAGAGAAUACAAAUGUGACUGCGGUACCAUUUUCUCCAGGAGGGACAGCUUUAUCACACAUAGAGCUUUCUGUGAUGCAUUGGCUGAAGAAAACAACAAAGUGAACCAAGGUCUAAUAAUGAACAAUAAUAUGGAACCCAAUUUGCAAAGUGGCCAAAUGCAUGGCCUCAUGUCAUCAAAUGCCUCCUUGGGGUUAUCCGACUGCAACAACUUUGAUCUCAAAACCCCACUAAAAUCACUCCCUCAGGAACUUUUUUCCAUUCCAUUCAAGUCCAUGAACAAUAAUAUGGCUGCAGGUGGCAUGUUCUCGACCACGUCAGGUAACCUUUUUGGUAGCCCAAGAAGUGUAGCGUCAUCAUCUUCAGGACUUCAACUUAGCUCCAACAUCCCAUCAAAUUUCAACUAUCUCCAAGACAGUAGUAAAAAUGGGCCAGGCCAGGGCCAAGCUCCAAUGUCAGCAACUGCGCUUUUGCAAAAAGCGGCCCAAAUGGGGGCAACUGCUGGUAAUAGUAUUAAUUCCCCUAUGAUGCAAAAAAGCUUCGUGACAAGUGCAAUGGCUGGUCCUUAUGUUAGCCCCUCACUCUAUGAGAAUUUCCAAACACAACCAGAUAAUAAUACUAACAAUCAUCAGCCAAAUUUAGCAGCAGUUAUGAAUGACAUGGGAAUGUACAGUGGGAUACUAAUGAGCAAUGAUCAUCAAAACAUUAAUACUGAACAUGAUCAAGAGAAUAACAAUACAAAUGAUAGCUCUAGUGUCAGGAACCAACGUACAGUGUUAGGACACAAUGGAAAUAAUGACUUGUUGACAGUUGAUUUCUUAGGAGUUGGAGGAUCCUCAAGGCCACCAAGUUUGCACGAGCAACAAAGAUUGGAAGCAGCUAUAAAUCAACAAAGUAUGCAGGCCAGUGCUAUAAAUCCUUUCCAUCAACAGAAUAUUUCACAUGGAAAUAAUUCUGCUAUGGAAAUUUCCAGCCCAUAUGGAAUAUUUGAGGACAAUUAA